GCAUUUAAACACUGUGUUGCUAUUCAGACAAUUCUCCAUAUAACUGGAUUUUUUUGUUAGGUUUUAAUUUUUUUUACAUCUGAAAGCGUCUGAAAGGGUUUGGAAAAUUUCUGAAACGUUUUUUUCUGUUAACUUUGUGGGCGUCAGAAGGCUCCGUCGUGGGGGUUUAAACUCGUUUUUUCACUUUAAGAAACAUGGGCGGUUCCGUUCUCUUUAACCAAUGAGUGUCUUUCUCUGUUUAAAUAGCUUUCGCUGCCAAUCAUUUUUUUUUCCCCGAAGUCAGCCUCCCUUCGAUCGCCAUAUUGGGGACUGGAAAGGCUCGUCUGUUUUUCUGCUCUUACUACGAGACCAAAUUGACAGGAGUGGCUUUCGCACUUUGUUUUGAUGAUCGCUGGAGAUUGCAUUAGCUCGCGCUGUCGUAUAGGCUGUUGUGUUGUUGCAACUGAGCUUUGCGCGUGGCAUGCCUGCUUCUGCGUGUAUCGCAGUCGGUUUUCGCCCGUUCUGGAUCGCCCUAAGUAGGUGGAAAUACGCCUUUUAAUCGUUUGUUUUGGUUGUUCCUUCACAAGCAGAAAAUGUCAAAUGUUCGUCUUUCAAAUGGGAGUCCAACUUUGGAAAGAAUGGACGCCAGACUGCCGGAUCACGCAAAGCCAUCCGCUUGCAGAAACCUUUUCGGGACAGUGGAUCACGAAGAGUUAACGCAGGAUUUAAAUGGACAUUUGCAAGGGAUGGUGGAGCAAACGUCCGCCAAGUACAAUUUUGAUUUUCUAAAUAACAAGCCGCAGCAAGGCCGAUUCGAGUGGAAGAUCGUAAAUAGCAAAGAUGUACCCGAGUUUUACAGCAAACAGCAACGGGCACCGAAGGACAUUCGUCGUUCUGUGAAUAACGCUGUGGAUCUUAACGGGAAUCAUAGCUGUCUUAGGGUGACUCCCUGUCCGGGCGCCGGAGACAGGUUUACCGAGGAGAAGCCCGAGAAAGCGGAGAGUCCAGCGGAUCCUAAAGACCAAUGCAGCGGACAGCGGAAAAGACCAGCCAGCCAUGACUCGUCCUCUCAAAAUAAAAGGGCUCACACCAGUCCGGAUGAAGUUACUCGUAGCCCAGCUUUGUUACGCUCGGUAGAACGCACACCCAGGAAACCAAGUCCCAAGACCUAAAACUUGUAAAAGAGCAGAUGCAAUUCCCCUUUUCAUCGAGCGCAUCGGUCCUGGAUGACGUAAAGAGGAACUACAUGUAAUGAAAAUACAUAUCGCCUGUCCCACGGAUGGGGACGCUGUACAAGCACUGAAUAUAAACACUAAAGUUAUGGCACUCGAUUGAAUUAAUCUGCCUCUAAAAGCAGCCGAUGUAGCAGUGUGCAAUUAGGGCUUUUCCCUUUUGCGCAAUGUAUAUUUACUACCUGUGUACAUAGUUCUUCCUCAUAUGUAGCACAUAAAAAAUAAGAAAGUUUUCUUUAUCAAAUGGUGUGAAUUUGAUUUGACUUGAAGAAUUAGAAUAGUUUUGUAAAUGUUUAUUUUCCAAAAUGCUGUCAUUUUUUGAAGGUGGUGUGUUUUUUAACAGCAAUUUGUACAAAGAACACUUGCAAAUGUUUUAAUCAGGGUUUUGACAGUUCCCAGUUAUCGCACAUUCACUUGGUCACUGUUUCAUCUCGUCAGCGUGUCCAGGUCAAGUGCUGAACAUUUUCUUUAUUUCCCUUUGAAAAGCAGCUCAUAAUUUAGCGACUGCAGUUUGGACAGAUAUUGUAUGAGAAGUAACAGCCACAGUCGUCAUUUCUUCCAUAUUCAGCUGAUUCUAAAUGCCGAUGUAGAUGUUGUGUGGAGGGGUAUGAAGCCUGAAGUAUGUAGGGCAGUGUUUCCCAACUCCAGUCCUCGGGACCCACAUGCCAGAAGGUUUUUGUUGUAACCAGUAACUCACACACCUGAUUUAACGAUUGAACCAAUCAAACCACAAAAAUGCCCUUGAUUAGUUAAAUCAGGUGUGUGAGCUACUGGUUACAACAAAAACCUUCUGGCAAGUGGGUCCCGAGGACUGGAGUUGGGAAACACUGAUGUAGGGGCUGAAUAAUUGAAGUUAAGGUCAGAAUCUACAGUAUUAAUUUAGACUUUUUGAUUUCAGUGAAAUGUCCUACUGAUUCAAUACAUUCUAAAAUCAUUUUUGUAAUCUCAUAUAUACAAAUAAUAUUUUCCCUCAGUUCAUGCCAGGUCAUAUAUUCAGUGCAAAAGGGGAGAACCUGGUAAAGGCUGCCUCUGCACAUCCCAUAAUAAACGUGUGAAUCCUGAAUACGGCCAGCGUGCUGCCACGGUCUCCAUUGGAAACGGACCGUGUCAUGUUUCACUGCCUGUGUAUGUGUGUAAAACUGAAGUGUACCUGUGUACAUGACUGUGUACAUAACUGUGUACAGAACUGUAAAAACACUGAGAAAUUAUACUAACUUAUUUAUGUCAAGCCUUUUUUUCUUUUUCUUUUUUGAGAAAUGGGUUUUGUUUGGAUUUUUUAAUGGUUAUUCCAAAGUGGCAUUUUUUAGUUUUAGUUUUUUUUUUUUUAAAUGUAAGCGCUUUAAAAAAAAAAAAAAAGUUUCUCAAAGUUUUUUUUGUUUGUUUGUUUAAUCAUGUAAGGUUGCAGACUGAGCCUCAUAAAAUAUUUGACUUGUGCAUUUUGUAUGUGUGUUAAAAAAAUGUUGCAAUCGAUUAAAAAAUUUUACCUUGCAUCUCUA